CGGCCGGGCGGCCGAGGGAGGGCGGGGACGGCGGCCGGGCCGCGACGCCGAGGGGAGGCGAGCGGCCCAUGGACCCGCGGGGCCCGGCGCCCCAGACUCCGCGCCGCCGGGACCGAGCCCAAGAUGUCGGCCUAGGCCGGGGCGCGACGACGCGGACGCGGACGCGGACGGGGACGGGCGGCCGCGGGGCCCGCGAGGCCCGGCCCUGACGCCCGGACGCCGCGGCGGCGCGAGGCCGGCGCGCGGGGAGCGGGCCGCGCGGCGGCACCAUGUCGGCCAAGGUGCGCCUCAAGAAGCUGGAGCAGCUGCUCCUGGACGGGCCGUGGCGCAACGAGAGCGGCCUGAGCGUGGAGACGCUGCUCGACGUGCUGGUGUGCCUGUACACCGAGUGCAGCCACUCGGCGCUGCGCCGCGACAAGUAUGUGGCCGAGUUCCUCGAGUGGGCUAAACCAUUUACACAGCUGGUGAAGGAUAUGCAACUUCAUCGAGAGGACUUUGAAAUAAUCAAAGUAAUCGGAAGAGGGGCUUUUGGUGAGGUUGCUGUUGUCAAGAUGAAGAACACGGAGCGAAUUUAUGCAAUGAAAAUCCUUAACAAGUGGGAGAUGCUCAAGAGAGCAGAGACGGCGUGCUUUCGAGAAGAGCGCGACGUGCUGGUGAACGGUGACUGCCAGUGGAUCACGGCCCUCCACUAUGCCUUCCAGGACGAGAACUACCUGUACUUGGUCAUGGAUUACUAUGUUGGUGGCGAUUUGCUGACCCUGCUCAGCAAGUUCGAAGACAAGCUUCCGGAAGACAUGGCACGGUUCUACAUUGGGGAGAUGGUGCUGGCCAUUGACUCGAUCCACCAGCUUCAUUACGUGCACAGAGACAUCAAACCCGACAACGUCCUUCUGGACGUGAAUGGUCACAUCCGCCUGGCUGACUUCGGGUCGUGCUUGAAGAUGAGCGAUGAUGGAACUGUGCAGUCGUCCGUGGCAGUGGGCACCCCUGACUACAUCUCGCCGGAGAUCUUGCAGGCCAUGGAGGAUGGCAUGGGCAGAUACGGGCCCGAGUGUGACUGGUGGUCGCUGGGGGUGUGCGUGUACGAGAUGCUCUACGGAGAGACGCCCUUCUACGCGGAGUCGCUGGUGGAGACCUACGGGAAGAUCAUGAACCAUGAGGAGCGAUUUCAGUUCCCCUCCCACGUCACAGAUGUCUCUGAGGAAGCGAAAGAUCUCAUUCAGAGACUGAUCUGCAGUAGGGAGCGCCGGCUAGGGCAGAACGGAAUAGAGGACUUCAAAAAGCACGCCUUCUUUGAAGGUCUGAAUUGGGAAAAUAUCCGAAACCUGGAGGCACCUUACAUUCCCGACGUGAGCAGUCCCUCGGACACGUCCAACUUCGACGUGGACGACGACGUGCUGAGAAACAUCGAAAUAUUACCUCCUGGUGCUCACACGGGCUUCUCCGGAUUGCACCUGCCCUUCAUCGGCUUCACGUUUACCACCGACAGCUGUUUCUCUGACCGGGGCUCUCUGAAGAGCAUGAUGCAGUCAAACACUCUGACCAAAGACGAAGAUGUGCAGCGGGAUCUGGAGAACAGCCUGCAGAUGGAGGCCUACGAGAGGCGGAUCCGGAGGCUGGAGCAGGAGAAGCUGGAGCUGAGCCGCAAGCUGCAGGAGUCCACCCAGACCGUGCAGUCCCUGCACGGUUCCACACGUGCCCUGGUCAGCGCAAGCCGCGACAAGGAAAUCAAGAGGCUGAAUGAAGAAAUCGAGCGCCUGAAGAAUAAAAUGGCAGACUCCAGCCGGCUGGAGCGGCCGCUGGAGGACCCUGCGACACUGCGCCAGGAGCACGAGGACUCUGCGCACCGGCUCAAGACCCUGGAGAAGCAGCACCGCCUGGUGCGCCAGGAAAAGGAGGACCUGCACAAGCAAUUGGUGGAAGCGUCCGAACGGUUGAGAUCCCAGACCAAAGAGCUGAAAGACGCGCACCAGCAGCGGAAGCGGGCCCUGCAGGAGUUCUCGGAGCUGAACGAGCGCAUGGCGGAGCUCCGCUCCCAGAAGCAGAAGGUGUCCCGGCAGCUGCGGGACAAGGAGGAGGAGAUGGAGGUGGCCAUGCAGAAAAUCGACUCCAUGCGGCAGGACAUCCGCAAGUCCGAGAAGUUCAGGAAAGAGCUGGAGUUGCAGCUCGAGGACGCCAUCGCCGAGGCCUCCAAGGAGCGCAAGCUCCGGGAGCACAGCGACAGCUUCUGCAAGCAGAUGGAGAGCGAGCUGGAAGCCCUCAAGAUGAAGCAAGGUGGUCGUGGGCCCGGGGCCGCGUUGGAACACCAGCAGGAGCUCUCCAAGAUCAAGUCGGAGCUGGAGAAGAAAGUGCUGUUCUAUGAGGAGGAGCUGGUGCGGCGGGAGGCCUCGCAUGUGCUGGAGGUGAAGAACGUGAGGAAGGAGGUGCACGACUCCGAAAGCCAGCAGGUGGCCCUGCAGAAGGAGGUCCUGGUGCUGAAAGACAAGCUGGAGAAGUCGCGGCGAGAGCGGCACAACGAGAUGGAGGAGGCCGUGGGCACCGUAAAGGACAAGUACGAGCGGGAAAGGGCAAUGCUCUUUGAUGAGAACAAGAAACUAUCUGCUGAGAACGAAAAGCUGUGUUCCUUUGUGGAUAAGCUCACCGCCCAGAACAGACAGCUGGAGGACGAGCUGCAGGACGUGGCGUCCAAGAAGGAGUCGGUGGCGCACUGGGAGGCGCAGAUCGCAGAGAUCAUUCAGUGGGUCAGCGACGAGAAAGAUGCCCGCGGCUACCUCCAGGCUCUGGCUUCCAAGAUGACGGAAGAGCUGGAGGCGCUGAGGAAUUCCAGCCUGGGAUCCAGAACCCUGGAUCCCCUUUGGAAAGUCCGCCGGAGUCAGAAGCUGGACAUGUCUGCGCGGCUGGAGCUGCAGUCUGCUCUGGAGGCUGAGAUCCGGGCCAAGCAGCUUGUGCAGGAAGAGCUGAGGAAGGUCAAGGACACGAACCUCUCCUUUGAAAGUAAACUAAAGGAUUCUGAAGCCAAAAACAGAGAAUUAGUCGAAGAAAUGGAAAUUCUGAAGAAAAAGAUGGAAGAAAAGUUCAGAGCAGACACUGGCCUCAAGCUUCCAGAUUUCCAAGAUUCCAUCUUUGAGUAUUUCAACACCGCACCUCUGGCACACGAUCUGACGUUUAGAGGCCGCUCGGCUGGUGACCCGGAAGCACAAGCCUCGAAGCUGGAAGUGUCCUCUGCUUCCGUGGCUGCCAGCACAGAACAGCAGGAGGACGUGGCUCGGGCCCCACAGAGGCCGCCCGCUCUGCCCCUGCCCAACACGCAGCCCCUCACCCUGUCUGGACCAAAGCCCAGAGCUCACCAGUUCACCAUCAAGUCCUUCUCCAGCCCCACGCAGUGCAGCCACUGCACCUCCCUGCUGGUGGGGCUCAUCCGGCAGGGCUACGCCUGCGAGGUGUGUUCAUUUGCCUGCCACGUGGCCUGCAAGGACAGUGCCCCCCAGGUGUGCCCCAUCCCUCCGGAGCAGUCCAAGCGGCCCCUCGGCGUGGACGUGCAGAGAGGCAUUGGCACAGCCUACAAAGGCUACGUCAAGGUGCCCAAGCCCACAGGUGUGAAGAAGGGGUGGCAGCGGGCCUACGCCGUGGUGUGCGACUGCAAGCUCUUCCUGUACGACCUGCCCGAGGGCAAGGCCGCCCAGCCCGGAGUGGUCGCCAGUCAGGUCUUGGACCUCAGAGAUGAAGAGUUUUCCGUGAGCUCCGUCCUGGCCUCAGACGUCAUCCACGCCACUCGCCGAGACAUUCCUUGCAUAUUCAGGGUGACGGCCUCUCUCUUAGGUUCUCCCUGUAAGACCAGCUCGCUGCUCAUCCUGACGGAGAAUGAGAACGAGAAGAGGAAGUGGGUGGGGAUUCUGGAGGGCCUGCAGGCCAUCCUGCACAAGAACCGGCUCCGGAACCAGGUGGUGCACCUGCCGCAGGAGGCCUACGACAGCUCCCUGCCGCUCAUCAAGGGCCUCCUGGCCGCCGCCAUCGUGGAUGGAGACAGAGUUGCUGUGGGCCUGGAAGAGGGACUGUACGUCAUAGAGCUCGCUCGUGACGUGAUCGUCCGCGCCGCCGACUGUAAGAAGGUGCACCAGAUCGAGCUCGCGCCCAAGGAGAAAAUCGUCAUCCUGCUGUGCGGCCGCAGCCGCCACGUGCACCUCUACCCCUGGGCCUGCCUGGACGGCGCCGAGGGCACCUUCGACAUGAAGCUCCCCGAGACGAAGGGCUGCCAGCUCCUGACGACGGCCGCGCUGAGGAAGGGCGCGGCCACCUGCCUGCUGGUGGCCGUGAAGCGGCUGGUGCUGUGCUACGAGCUCCAGAGGACUAAGCCUUUCCAUAGGAAGCUGAGCGAGCUGCAGGCUCCGGGGCACGUGCAGUGCAUGGCCGUGUUCCAGGACAGGCUCUGUGUCGGCUACCCUUCUGGGUUCUCUCUGUUGAGCAUCCAGGGGGACGGGCCGUCGCGCGACCUGGUAAAUCCCACUGACCCCUCGCUCGCGUUCCUCUCGCAGCAGUCUUUCGAUGCCCUUUGUGCUGUGGAGCUCCAAAGUGAGGAGUACCUGCUUUGCUUCAGCCACAUGGGACUGUACGUGGACCCUCAAGGCCGGAGGUCACGCACGCAGGAGCUCAUGUGGCCUGCGGCUCCCGUUGCCUGUAGCUGCAGCCCCUCCCACGUGACGGUGUACAGUGAGUACGGCGUGGACGUCUUCGACGUGUGCUCCAUGGAGUGGGUGCAGACCAUCGGCCUGCGCAGGAUCCGGCCGCUCAACGCCGAGGGCAGCCUCAACCUGCUGGGCUGCGAGCCCGCCCGCCUCAUCUACUUCCGGAGCCGGCCCCAGGGCACAGUCCUCAACGUCCCCGACACCUCGGACGGCAGCAGGAAGCAGAUGCUGCGCACACGGAGCAAAAGGCGCUUCGUGUUCAAGGUGCCCGAGGAGGAGCGGCUGCAGCAGCGGAGAGAGAUGCUCAGAGACCCGGAAUUGAGAUCCAAGAUGAUCUCCAACCCCACCAACUUCAACCACGUGGCGCACAUGGGGCCGGGGGACGGGAUGCAGGUGCUCAUGGACUUGCCGCUGAGCGCUGCGCCCCCGGCCCAGGAGGAGAGGCCCGGCCCCGGCGCCGCGCGGCCGCCCCCCGCCCGGAGCAAGCCCUACAUCUCGUGGCCCUCCUCAGGCGCGCCCGAGCCCGGACUGCCGCUGCGCAGCGUCUCGGACCCCGACCAGGACUUCGACCGGGAGCCUGACUCCGACUCCACCAAGCACUCGACCCCCUCGAACAGCUCCAACCCCAGCGGCCCGCCCAGCCCCAACUCGCCCCACCGCGGCCAGCUCCCGCUGGAGGGCGCCGAGCCGCCGGCCUGCGACGCCUAGGCCGCCGGCCCCGCCUCCCCGCCC